GUCGGGUUGUGCCGGGCGGAGCGGAGCGGAGCGGAGCGCCUCUGGGUCGUCGUGGAUGUCGGCUUGGGAAGCGGGUAAAAUCUCCUUGGUUUCCGAGCAAACUAUGGCGGCCCUGAGGAGACCCAGAUGAAAGCGUGUCUGCUGGGUUGUCGGGGAGGCCAGCUAUGGUUUACAUGUGACCUUUUCAGCAAACGGGCGUAGCCAUGUUGCCGGGAGUCGGAGUGUUUGGGACAGGAAGCACCGCCCGAGUGCUGGUUCCGCUGCUACAGGCCGAGGGUUUCGAGGUCCACGCUCUCUGGGGGCCGAGUGAGGAGGAAGCCUGCUGUCUGGCCAAGGAACUGGGAAUUCCCUUUCACACCAGUCGAUCGGAUGACGUCCUGCUGCACCAGGACGUCGACCUCGUCUGCAUCUACAUUCCACCUCCGAUGACACGACAGAUUGCUGUCAAGGCGCUGGGCAUAGGAAAGAACGUUGUCUGUGAAAAAGCUGCAACUGCUGUGGAUUCGUUUAAGAUGGUGUCUGCCGCCCGGUACUACCCCCAGCUGCUGAGCGUGGUGGGGAACACCCUGCGUUUCCUGCCGGCCUUCGUCAUGAUGCGUCGGCUGCUGGUGGAGGGUUACGUGGGCGACGUGCAGGUGUGUGACGUCAGGGUCUACGGCCCAAGCCUGCUGGACAGGUCCUACGGCUGGACCUGUGAGGAGCUGAUGGGUGGAGGGGGACUUCACACAGUGGGCUCGGCCAUCAUCGACCUUUUGAGCCACCUGAUCGGGGCCCGGGCCCAUCGGGUGCAUGGUUUACUGCGGACCUUCGUGCAGCAAAACGGGUCCAUCCAGGGGAUCCGGCGUGUCACCAGCGAUGAUUUCUGCUUCUUCCAAAUGCUGAUGGGCGGAACAAGGUGCGGCUCUGACACCGUUUCAGGUGGUGUGUGCUGCACUGUGACUCUGAACUUCAACAUGCCGGGCUCAUUCGUGCAUGAGGUGAUGGUGGUUGGGUCUGCGGGGAGGCUGGUCGCCAGGGGGACUGAACUGUACGGGCAACACAACGGGCGAAGCGGCGAAGAGCUGCUGCAGGGGGAUGGCGAGUGGGUCGGACCAGAGCCCUGUGAGAUGCCGUUGCCGCACCUACGCGGGCUCAGCACCAUGGUGACCGCACUAAGACAGUCUUUUCAGGCCCACGAGGAGCGCAGGUCUUGGGCGCGCGGGCCGGUUGCCAUUGCACCGACAUUUGAGGAUGGCUUAUACGUGCAGACGGUGGUGGAGGCGGUGAAGCGGUCCAGUCGCAGCGGAGAAUGGGAGUGCGUGGAGAUCAUGACUCAGGAACCAGAUCCCAACCACAACCUGUGUGAGGCUUUGCAGCGAAACAAGAGCUGAACAGAUAAACCCUGCACUCUGCUCAGACACACGUACUAAAACUACUACUUAUAUCUGACAGCUGAUGGACAAGAGACAGAUGUGACUGUUUUCAUUAAUUCACUUAGGUGGGUAAUUGGCAGAACCUUAUGUGUUCAGAUGGUCUAAGUAAGUUCUGGACGUCUCAGAAAGAUUCACCUUUCUGUGAUUUCCUUACCUGGAUUAUUGAGCGUGCGUAAGGACAUUUUAAGCUCUGGAAGGUGUCCUUGGUAGCCUUAUACAACAGCUCCAUUCUUCUGAUUCUCAGUAGAAGAUAAUCACAGCAUUCGGUCCCAAUAAUAUAGCAUUUAAAAUUUCCGCCAGUGCUUAACCAGAUCUAACUAUGACACGAUUCUCUGUCAACCUGCCGUCUUCUCAUGGGUGUCAAUCUCCAACCUGCAGGCCAUUUUAUUCUCAAUUACUUUGCUGGUUGACAUGAACGGAACUGGUACCUGUACGGUUAAGGGAACAGUCACCGUCUUCCUCCUUCUCUGUGACUUACAGUCCCUGUUAAAAAUGCUAGCCUGGGGGCGUCUGGGUAGUGUAGCAGUCUUUUCUGUUGCCUACCGACAUGGGGAUCGCCGGAUCGAAUCCCUGUGUUACGUCCGGUUUGGUCGGGCGUCCCUACAGACACAAUUGGCCAUGUCUGCAGGUAGGAAGCCGGAUGUGGGUAUGUGUCCUGGUCGCUACACUAGCGCCUCCUCUGGUCGGUUGGGGUGCCUGUUGGGGGAGGGGGUAUAGCGUAAUCCUCCCACGUGCUACGUCCCCCUGGUGAAACUCCUCACUGUCGGGUGAAAAGCCGCGGCUGGUGACUCCACAUGUAUCGGAGGGGGCAUGUGGUAGUUUGCAGCCCUCCCUGGAUCGGCAGAGGGGGUGGAGCAGUGACUGGGACGGCUCGGGGGUGGGGGUAAUUGGCCGGAUAAAAUUGGGGAGAAAAAAAUCCAAAAAAGAAAAAAAUGCUAGCCUGCAGGAUGACCAGGAGCCCCAAAACGCCAAAGCCUUGAAUGGACGCUUACCAAAGCACCUCUCAGUUAAAAUACCUGCUAGGUAAUGAUUUUUUUUUUAACCUAAAUGCAUAAAUUGCACAUUGCAGAUUGAUCGUCUUGCAGUUAGUCAGAAAGAACCGAGUUAGCCGUGAGAUUAACAAAAAAAAGCUAGCGAUCCCCAAAAGGUGCACCGGCAGAAGUUGACUUAAAUUCCCUCAGCGACUGUUCCUCAGUGUGGAAUGGAGUGAUGACCAUAAAUAAUAAUAAUUAAUAAUAAUAACAAAUUAAGGUAUGAAAAUGAUUUAAUUUGCAAGGAAAUUGUCUCCAGUAGACAGCAGUGGAUGACUUCAAAUGAAGCCACAUAAUUAUCAGUCGUCGGCGUCGGACCCUUUUGGCUCCGCGUCCGGAAAAAUAUUUGCCGCUCAAAUCGGCUUCUCCCCUCGGUUUUCGACUUCUCCCCUCGGUUUUCGACUUCUCCCCUCGGUUUUCGGCUUCUCCCCUCGGUUUUCGACUUCUCCCCUCGGUUUUCGGCUUCUCCCCUCGGUUUUCGACUUCUCCCCUCGGUUUUCGACUUCGCCCUCGGUUUUCGACUUCUCCCCUCGGUUUUCGACUUCUCCCCUCGGUUUUCGGCUUCUCCCCUCGGUUUUCGACUUCUCCCUUCGGUUUUCGGCUUCUCCCUUCGGUUUUCGACU